AUGUCGGCGCCGUACUGGGGCCAGCUCCCCGAACCCAAGGUGGUUGGCCAGAGAAGCCAGCUGCCUGGCGACCAUCAUCCCUUCCCCCCCCACGAUAACGACGACAACUCGUACUCUUUGCCACUCGACCCCAGAACGGGCACGCACCACGCGUCGGUGCAGACGACGGCGACCAACUCGACAUUUGGCCCUCAUUCGCCCGUGGACGUCUUUGUCGGUCAAGGGCUGGCUCCCAGACCGGCCGACUUCCAAAGGGUCAUGGUGGACGGAGCGGCCGUCGUGUCUGAGAACCAACAGGCGAGAAUGUCUCAUCCGAACAAUGACCCUUUGUGCUCCUCGGCAUUACCGCCCGCUCCAUCGGACGAACGGCGAGGACCACCCAUCAGCUACUUCAGCCUCCCUCGUAGCUCCUAUAAUGGUUCCGAUGCGCAUCCAACCCCCAGCUUCAGACCUGCUCAACCGCAGCAGGUCGAUUGGCACACCUUUCAAGGAGACUACAUCAUGGAACCCGACGGGCACUACACCACAAGGCCCGGCUACUAUUCGGCUGGAGAUGCGACGGCGCCGAGGGACGGCCACCAUGCACAUGCUUCCCAGCCGAGACGACCAUCGGCUGAUACGACGGAGCGUCGCAGAAAGUUGGCACACGACCGAUCUCCACUUCAGAAGCUCGAGCUGACGCUCGACAGCAUGACGAAGGAAGAGAAGCGGGCCCGUGUCCAGGCUGCCGAGCAAAGGGCGAGACAGAGAAUCGCCGCAAAGGCCGAGCCUCUUCCUCGUUCCCAGCCGCCGACAGCUCGCGACCAGCACCAGGCGGGGAAGAAACGAGCAGACACACCACCAGGCCUGCAGCACCAGCGACCGCGCGAAAAACGGCCCGAGGAACAGCAGGAGCACUCGGGCAGGUACCGUGUAGAGCCGCAGCACGGAGGGGCAUCAUCAUCCCGAGCGCUAGCUGAUGCAAACUCGGGAAUCCCCAAGAGAAAUCUAAGCUUCCGCGAGCGUGCUGCUCGAACGGAAGCCACGUCUCCGAGGAACGAGACGCAAUCUUCGUCGGCGAUCGACAAUGGCCCCAUCGUCCCUCGUAAGGAGACCAACAAGUUGCGAAAGCAGCCUACCGCAGACCCUCGUCAUCAGCAGACGAGUGCAGAUGGGGGGGCACUUCGACACUCGAAACGGGACCCAGUUGACUCAUCUCGAAUACCUGCAAAGGCCAUUCCGUUGUCGGUGCGAAACAAACAAUUCCCUGCUGUACCGACAUCGCCGAUAGCAGACCCUCAUCUUGUCCAUGUCCAGGGCGCGAACCUGGCGGGCGGCCCAUCUUGGGCACCCCAACCUACUAAAAUGCGACGUCGCGCCACGGAGCCCGGUGAACACGUACCCAAGUCCCCGGAUGACAAGGCCGUAGCAAGGCAAGUCAUCGACCCGACGCAGGCGCCUCGGGUGAUCCGGGAUGUCGGGGCAUCAAGGCGAUUCGCAUCGCAUGACAGUCUUUCCGAAUCCUCCGAUCAUGGCUCGCACAUUGCGUACCGGAAGAUGCCCGGUGCAGGGCUGUAUAAACCUCCGCAGUGGCUGGAUGAGUGGAAAAGAGGCACAACUGGAACCUUGGCCGGCGCGCUGUUGGAGCUGGACCAUACCCAGCUAUCCACGAUUGAUAAGGACAAGCCGUGGUGGGAGGUGGACGGCCGAGCACGGAGCAACAGUUACACUUCUCGCCAACGCAAGGCCGAGGCCUUUGACGGAGAGUACGAUGACAGCAGCGCACCGACCCGAUUCAAGCCGGCUCUACACCUCAGUUGUGGCCCUCUCUUGAGAUACUGCGGCAUUCGGCGCGAGCGAGUUCCGGCGAGAACGCGCGGGCUAGUGGAUCGUGAGAUCUGGCGCGGCAGCAUCAUGAUUAUCACAUCGGACGCCGAGUCAUCCUACGACAUUGCGCCCAUCGUCCGCCUCUUCGUGCAAGAGAUUGAACUACUGCCGCCACCACCUGAGCAGGUGGACGGGGAACUUCCGCCCGAAUAUGUCGACCCCGUUGCUGGCCACCCGAAGCUCGGCCGCACCGGCGAGACGCUGUACGUGCGGCCCGUGGAGCUUCUAGAGGAGGCAAAGGACCUGUCGCGGGAUGAGAGCGACACCGGCCUCUUCGAGAGUUCAAUGAGCCCACCCGACAUCCCUUCCGCCGUUGGCGUCACGGACCCUCCAGGGUCGUUUGGUCAUCGGAAGAAGGCAAUCGACGUUGACGGCGAAAAGGUGCAAAAAUACAAGGACGUAAGGGGUUUCCGGCUUCACGCCGAGCGAGGUUGCACCUUUUGGCGAUUCAACAUCGAGGUCGAGCUGCGGGACAAGCAGCAGCGCAUCGCCUACCGCGUCAAUCGGGGUCCCUGCAUGGGUUUCUGGGUACCGCCUCGGGGGGAGGCCAUGAACGUCAUGUUCCACGCCUGCAACGGCUUUAGCUUGGGCGCCGAGCCUGACAACCUCAGCGGACCGGACCCCCUAUGGCGAGACGUUCUCAACAGUCACCAGACGAAACCUUUCCACGCCAUGGUCGGUGGCGGUGAUCAGAUCUACAACGACUGCGUCGCCGACGAGUGCGCGCUGUUUGGCCAGUGGCUCGACAUUCAGGACCUCACGCAGAAGCGCGAUGCCGCCUUCAGCGCCGAAAUGCAAGACGAGAUGGAGGCAUUUUUCCUCCAACGCUACUGCAUGUGGUUCUCCCAGGGCUUGUUCGGGCUCGCAAACUCGCAGAUCCCCAUGGUAAACAUGCACGGCGGCCAUGACAUCUUUCAAGGCUACGGCAGCUAUCCCCACCAUGACAUGAUGUCGCCCGUCUUCCGGGGACUGGGCGCCGUGGCCUUCAAGUACUACAUGCUGUUCCAGCACCAGAGCUUGGUGAGCGAAACAGAGGGCUCGGAGCCCAGCUGGAUCCUGGGCAGCCAACCCGGACCGUACAUCAACGAGCUGAGCCGCAGCGUAUUCGUGUCCAUGGGCGGUAAAAUGGCGCUUCUCGCCGUAGACUGCCGCACGGAGAGGACGGAGAAAGAGGUGAUUGCCGACAGGACGUGGGAUGACGUGAUGAACCGCAUGUAUGCCGAGGUCAAGCGUGGCGAGGUUGAGCAUCUGCUCGUGCUGCUUGGCGUUCCCAUGGCGUAUCCCCGGCUGGCAAGACCGGAGAAAGCAUCGACGUCGAAAUUCAUGAGCUCCGUCAAGGCGGCCGUCUUUGGAAAGCCCCCGAAUGAUACCAACGACAGGGUUGACGUUCAGCACGACCUCAACGAUCACUGGACGGGCAAGAACCACAUGGACGAGCGGAACAUUGUCAUGGAAGACUUGCAAGACCUUGCCAUUGACAAUGGCGACGUCCACCUGGCCGCCCUUGGCCAGUUUUAUUCGAACCCGAAGAUGGGGUUGGCAAAGCACAAGGACCCGCGAUACAUGCUCAACAUCAUCUCGUCGGCCAUGUCGGACAUGCCGCCGUCCGACGCGACGGCGGAUGCGCUCAACAAGCGGAACAAGGUCUACCAUUUCGACAAGAAGACGGACGAGAGCAUGGUUCCGCUGUUCCAAGACGGAGUGGACGGCAAGAGCAGAAGCAACAAGCACCUCCUUCCACAUCGCAGCUGGUGCUCCAUCCGUGCCUGGUCACCUGGGUCGACGCCGUCGCCGUCGCCGGCGCAGUCGGUGCACGAGCGUAAGCCCAGUCCUCCACCGACAGGAGGCGGCCUUCUCCGCAGAUUCUCAUCGAAGAAGCAGUCCAAAGGGGACCGCGUCGACGGAGGAAGAGAAACCGUUCGUGGGGAUCGCCCUCCCGUGUCCGGCGGCAUGGGUCUGCUCCGCCGUUUCUCGCGACGGAAGUCUGCCGACGACGAGGGGCCGAAAGAGCUCAUGAGAACGAAGUCACUUGGCAGCGGCGAGGGCGCCCAAAGGGACACCAUUGGGCUCGGACGGCGAGGCAGCGAGGGCCGCCGGGCUGAUGGAGGUAUUGCCGGUCGAUGGCCGGAGGAGAGGGACGAAGAGGAGUACGCGGGACGUCCUUCACACGCCCUGGUGGCAGCGCACCUCUCCGACUCUCGCGGCGGCCUCGUGCAGGACGAAUACGCCGAAGGGGACGAGUCCUACUUUACCGCUCGCCCGACGCGCAGGUCACAAACUAUGGGAAGCGAGAGCGCUGCGGCCGCGGAAGCAGACGACCCCAUGCGGCGACCAUUCCACAGGACGCCCACAGGGCUGUCGACGAAGCAGCUGCGAAAGGUGGAGCAGUUCCAAGUCGACCUCGAGGGCGGAUUGGACAUUACGUUGAACGUCGAGGUGAAUGCGAAGGACCCGGCGGGAAUCACGGUGCCGUAUCGGCUGCUCGUGCCCCGGCUGCUGUACGAGUACGAGCGGGCGGAGGAGGAAGAGGAGGAGCAGGAGGAGGAGGUGGAGGAGGCGGCAUCCAAGAUGGGAACAGCGUCCAAGACGGGACCGGCGUCGGAUCUGCAGCGGGAGCCCAGCGGGUUCCAAAAAUUGUUUAGUCCCAAGAAGAAGGCGGCCAAGUUCACACGGGUGCAGGAGGAUUACGCUACGAGCGUCGAGGACGAGGAGGAAGUCCGGCGGACAUAG